GGAAAGAGGAAAAUCUACAGAGAGCUUGAAAGGUGCUAUUUCAAUGAAGACCUCAGGAAUUUCGGAGGUUGAAAUUGCCCUCAAUGAAGCUUGUGUGGGUGAAGUGGGAGUGAAACCUGGAGAAACCCGUGAACAGAAGACUGUUUAUCUCAAUGCUGAGAAGGAGCAGUCACCAGAUGCCAAUGCUGAAUUCAAGGAUUCAGAGCUGAGAGGCUUGAGGAACAAAAAAUGUUACCUUGAAGAAGGUAAAAAGAACCUGAAAGACAAGUGUGACACACUGAGGGCGGUGAAAGCUAAGAAGGAAGUGGAAUUCAAACUGCUGAAGAAGAAUGUAGACAUCCUUGUUGAAAUCUAUGAACAAAGAAAAAUGGCUGCAGAAGAGAAGCUGAAAACAAAACAAUGUGAGCCGGUGGAAAGGGAGAAUCAGCUCUCAGCUUCAGAGAAACAAUGGAAAUUGGUUUCAGAGGAAGCACACAAGUACAAGCAACAAAUUGAACAAAUGAAAGAACAACUGCAGCAGGAGGAGUACAUCUUCAGACACCAGAUCGCCCUUCAUGAGAAGAAGGCUCAAGACAACUGGAUUGAAAAUAAUGGAGGCUGCAAGAGAAACACAGGAUGCAGGAACCGAUGCUGGGAAGACCUGAGAGGCAGCCCCGCCAAGGAUUCAGAAUCUGAUGCAGCUCAUGUGAGGAACAGCAGUUCUUUCCCUACUGAGGACGUAAAGAAGGACCAGUUCUAUCUCGGUGUCAUUGUCUGCUUCCUGGAGGACCGACGGAUACUCCCUCUGGAGUGUACCUAG